CUCAUGACAUGCAGCACUCGAAAGUCAAAGUUUCUUCUGUUUGUGCCAUAGUACAAACAGAGCAGAAACCACAUGUCCUUUGUAAAAGUAAAGAGCUGAAAGUUAACCCAUUUAAAGCUACUGUGUUGUCCAUCGUCGGCAUUUGAAUUAUUGUUGUUGACCAGGAGUAUUCUUUAAAUUGGACCAUGUAAACAAACUAUUCACAGAAUUUGUCAGUGUUCGGGAUACCUUGGUUGAACCUAUAAUACUUUAUUAACAGGUCAAUGUAUCACUAAUCAUGUACCGUCAGUGUGUAAUUUAGUGCUAUUUCGACUGGGUUUAGACGAGUUUGGGUGAGACUCAACUGUAUUGAUUGACAGUACCCUUGACCAACAAGCAAGGUUCUUGGCGGUCUGCUUUUACGGAAGACAUCGAGUCGUUGGUAAAAUGUGCUGCAAGUGUGAGAGGGGUAGGCGGAGUUCAUCUUUCACAGAGCGAAUGGUUGAAGGUCGUGAAAACGCGUGCUGGAAGUAACUUGAGCUGGAUUCUGUCCAACUCUGAGCGCUUCCUUUCAGCGGCAAAACUAUCUUAAAUGGUCACCACAUCGUGAAUUUGAAGAAUUCCACAGUUCAUUGAGUGAACGAGACCGCAUAAAAUGCUUUUGUUCAUCGAGGUGACCUCUAAGGGUGCCGGUCUGAACCCGAAUGCCAAGGUGUGGCAGGAGAUGCCUACUGUCCCCAUCGAGGCCCCUGCAGAUGGUACAGAGGGCUCCCCCUGGUCCCAGACAAACAUCCCAGAGGGGUAUCCUGACGCCUCCGGAUGUAAAGCGUACACAACAGGGUUUCCAAGCCUGGAGGACGGCAGCUCUUUGGGGGCUGCCGAGGGUACUGCGAAUGGUAUGGAUCCCCCUGACUUAGAGUUCCCCCUCUGUGAGCCGCCAACAGGAAUUGAAGUUGAUUCUAACCUGACAAUGGAGCAGCCUAUCUCUGCUGAGAGUUUACGGGAGUCUCUCAAGAAGGAGCUGGAGUUCUGCUUCUCCAGGGAAAAUCUAUCCAAGGACCUGUACCUCAUGUCACAGAUGGACAGUGACCAGUUUGUCCCCAUCUGGACCAUCGCCAGCAUGGAGGGCAUAAAGGUCCUGACCACCGACAUGGACCUUAUUCUGGAUGUGCUUCGAUCAUCUCCAAUGGUACAAGUGGAUGAGAAAGGGGAGAAAGUUCGGCCCAAUCACAAGCGCUGCAUCAUCAUCCUGAGGGAGGUCCCGGAGUCUACGCCUGUGGAGGAAGUGGAGGCCCUCUUUAAGAACGACAACUGUCCGAAAGUUAUCAGCGUGGAGUUUGCGCACAACAAUAACUGGUACAUUACAUUCCAAUCGGACACAGAUGCUCAACAGGCGUACAGAUAUUUAAGGGAAGAAGUGAAAACAUUUCAGGGAAAACCAAUCAUGGCCAGAAUAAAAGCUAUCAACACGUUCUUUGCGAAGAAUGGCUACCGCAGCCUGGACUGCAGUGUGUACUCACAGCAGACCCAGACCCAGUCCCAGUACAGCUCGCCCCUCUUCAUGCAACACGUCUACAGUCCCCAGCAACAGUACCUGCCCUACAGUAUCAUGCCUCCUACCUGGACACCUUCGCCUACGCCGUACUUCGAGACCCCUCUGGCCCCGUUUCCCAACAGUAGCUUUGUGAAUGGUUUUAGCUCACCUGCACACUAUAAGACUGGCUCCAACUCGCUCAACCUCGGCCGUCCCUUCAGUCGGAACCGUGUCCCUCUCUAUUCCAGAAAGAAUGUAAUAAAUGCCUUCAGGAACCAUGUGAAGCCUCAGUCAAGGGCCAGUGACGGAGCCCCCGCCCCUGUGGCUCCCGUCCCGCUGGUGGAUGGACUCACGGGCCUGCGCAGCCCCCAGCCCCCCGCCAGCAGUGGCCCCGCACUGGGCACAGCUGAGCUCAGUCCCUCCUUCACCCACCUGACCGCGUCCGAGCCCUCCGACGACAACAGCAUGGCCAACCGUGGAAGGCGGAGUACAUACAGAGGGAACCGCAGGAGGAGAGAGGACGAGCGCACCACGCGGCCAAUUUCUCUCCCAGAGGUCAAGGUCCCUCAGCCUAAGUUUGACCUGGCUGCCUCCAACUUCCCCCCUCUGCCAGGCUGCGUGGUGAGCACGCAGGGCGAGCCCGUGCUAGAGAACCGCAUGUCUGACGUGGUGCGGGGCAUCAACAGGGACAAGCAGCAACCACAGCAGCAACAGCAGCAGCAAUCAGAUGCCAGCAAAGACGGAGCCGCAAGUCAUCCCACAGCCCCAGAGGACAGCGUCAGCACCAUCAGGCCCGUCCAGCCUGCAAGCAAAACCACUUCUCACACCUUGGAGUCUACCACAGCCAGCAGCACGAGCCACCAGGAGAAGAAACAGGAGAGGCCUGAGCUCCCUGUUCAGAAAGAGACACCGGCACCCACCGCCUCCGCUGCUGCCGUCGUCGCUGCCUCCGCCCCCGCCUCCGCCCCCGCUCCCUCACACACGCAGGUAGCAGCUGGUUCCAAGCCUCAGCCGAGCACAGCCCCCACCCCAGGAACCCCCCAGGCCAGCCCAGCCCCCUCCAGCACCACCACCACCACCAACUCUACCCCUGCCAUGGAGCCCCGCAAGUUGAGCUAUGCGGAGGUGUGCCAGCGCCCCCCCAAGGACCCCCCACCCACACCGGCCCCCUCCGCCGCUGCUGCUGCCCCCACCACUCCUCCGGCCUCCCAGCCUCUGCGUGAGCUGCGCGUCAACAAGGCCGAGGAGCCAGCCGGCGGGCCCCACAGCCCCUCGGACAAGCCCGAGCGGCCCCUGGAGCGAGGAGCCGAGUGCAAGGGCCGCGAGGGGCGCCCUCCCCGUGACGGCCAGGGCUAUUACCGCAACAACGGUCCCCCCAGGGCCGGCACGGGUGGCCUCAAGCUCCGGGAGCAGCAGCGGCGCCCCCCCUUUGGCCGACGCAACUCCCCACAAGGAGGGCCCAGACACACGGGCAAAGAGCAGAACAUCCCUCCCAUAUCGCCAAAGUAAAGACUUGCAGAGAAAACAAAAAAUGAAUUCAGUACAAAUGUAUGAAUAUAUACACGCAUAUAUAAAAUAUAUAAAUAAAUAAAUAU